UUUAUAUGAACAUUUUUGCUUAAAAUGACCGGUACCAUCACUUUCCAGAAUAUUGAUCUUUCCUCUUGGGACACCCUGUAUAAAGAUAUUUACUUUAUUCUAUUUCCAUGAAUAUAAAGUAUAUUUUAUAUUUUAGCAACCUUGUGAAGCAAUGCCAUUGCACUUAGAAAGGAUUAAUCUACUGGAAUAUGCGCGCUGUUUCUUUUCAGUUCGUCAGUGGUUUCUCCUGAGGUGUCAGUAUUGCGCUUGACAUCAUACUGUACGGAUUAGUAUUUCUUAAAGAUCCGUUCCUCUCCUACGGUAUUCAAUAUUAAUAUUAAAAAGGCAAACAAAGGAAAUGAGAAUUGCACACGUGACGUGCGAAAGAAAUAUGCACAAUACAAGCUGAAUAUUUCAGUUAAAUUAAUUAAUUUUGAUCAAAAUUCGGAAACGUACAAAAUACGUCAAGAUGACAAUGCUCAAGAGUUUCUUUAGAAGGAUAAGCAAAGAUUUUCAUCAAAAGAAGUUGAUGCCAUUGAAGUUAAUAUUUUUUGUGCAAGCAUCCACACUUUAUGUAUUGUAUCCAUAUUUAACUAUACACAUGAGAGAACUGGGAAUAAAUAUAGAAGAAACUGCGAUAAUGAGUUCCAUCAUUCCUCUUGUAGCCGUAGUGAUGCCGCCGCUUGCCGGUAUGUUAGCUGAUCGAAUAGGAAAUUUCAGAAUUCUACUAUCGGUAUUUUCCAUAUUCGGAGGCUUCGCGGCGUUGUUAUUGCUACUAGUGCCAACCGGCAGGAUGAUGGUGACUUUUCCUGAGAAUAUAAUCAUGGAACUCGGUUGUCAAGGUAAAGGUGGUUCGCUAUUAUAUACAAUGAGCCAGACUCAUCCGUGUGAGACGAAAUUAGAUUCGGACAUCGAUAUAAAAAUAGAAAGUUGCGGAUUCACAUGUCAUGUGGAAACAGACAACGAAACAGAUCAAAAUUUGAUUCUAAAAUCGAGACUUUAUACCGUCAGACGUUUUAAUUUUCAGACUGGUGAAAAUACUUUCUACAAAUACAUUCCUACGCAGAGUGACUUGUCAACGGUACGUUAUGCAUUAAACGUAUAUUAACAGAUCUCUUAAAAUAGAAAAACUACCAUUCGACGGACCUCAAAAACUUACUAUUUUUUCCCAACUGAUCAGCUACUUUCAUUUUCAUGUAUCCCGAAAUGCGUUCAAGAUUUUGAUAACUUUACCGAAACUUUGCAUGGAACAUGCAAAAAUUAUACGUUGUGCGCUUUUGAUUAUUUAAACAAACCAAAGAACAAUAUCAACCAAAUGAUAAAUUAUCAUUUAUACAAAUCAGAAAUUAAAAGUUUAACAUCGGAUGAAGAAGAUUUACAACAAGAACGGCAAAGAUAUUUGGGAGAGGAAAUAUCUUGGACAGGAGAUUUUCGAAAAGUUACUUGUGAUAAUUCAGAUUAUAUAAACGAUGAAAUCACGAUAGAUGUGCAGCUUUAUGAUCACGAUGCAAAUCUAAAAACAACUAAGCAAAUCUUGAGCACGAAUAAAUGCAACAAGAAAUGCAUAGUUAUUGUACCUCGCAAAGCAAUGUGCUCUAACAUGAAUACAGAAAUUGAAUAUAAUGUAAGCUUGACGUUUUGGCUUUAUCUCAUCAUUAGAGUAUUCAUAGGUAUUAUUGGUGGUACAACGUUUGCUAUGUUUGAAGGUGCUGUUAUAGCAAUAUUACGAGAGCAGAAGGCAGACUAUGGUCUUCAAAGAAUUUAUGGUAGUAUAGGAGGCAUGAUUUCCUCACCUUUAUCAGGUCUUCUCAUAGAUUAUGCCAGCAGAGAUAAAGGAUAUACUGAUUUUAGGCCAGCAUUCUAUUUAUACGCUGCAUUGAAACUUGUAUCAGGUGUUCUUAUGUUGCUGAUUAAUUUAGAAUUUAAAGCACCUGCUACGAAUGUUGUACGUGAUGUCUUCAUUGUUCUGAGAAACAUUGAAACUGCUGCACUUUUCCUUGCUUGCUUUGUUCUCGGUACCGCUUGGGGAUACAUUGAGUCAUUUCUCUUCUGGUUGAUACAAGAUUUAGGAGGAUCUAGUUCACUUAUGGGUAUCACCGUGACCGUCGGUGGUAUCGCUGGCAUACCAUUAUUGGCGCUUUCGGGACCAAUAAUAUCAAAGAUUGGUCACGCAAAUGUGCUUUUUAUAGGAUUUGUGUUUUAUGCUGUCAGACUUUGUGGUUAUUCGUUAGUUUAUGAUCCUUGGUUGACUCUAAUCUUCGAGGCAUUGGAAUCAGUUACGUCAUCUCUUAGUUUCACUGCAGCCGUUACCUAUGCGGCAAAGUUAUCGACUAUAUCUACCGACAGCUCGAUACAAGGAUUACUUGGCGGUGUUUAUUACGGAGUUGGCAAAGGUUCUGGAAGCUUGAUCGGUGGUUAUCUCAUGAAAGCUUUUGGUACUAGACCAACCUACCAAAUUUUCGCUGUGAUAACUUUGGUGACUGGCAUAAUAUAUUUAAUAUUUAAUAUCACUUACCUAAAGAAGCGAUCUCAGCUUAAAGGCAACGAUAUUGUACAGAAGAAAUCGAAAAAUAUUGAUGCACAAAAUAGUUUUGAUAAACAUGCAAAUGAUAUCAGUCUCGAUGAAAAACCACACGAUGAACGAAUAACGAAGAAUAAGAAGAUUUUGAUGAAAAAUAAUGGUUUAGAUAAUGAAGGAUUUUUGAAGGACAUACAAGAUAAUAAAUUGUCCAACAAAGCAAAUGAACAUAGUUUGCAGAUUGAAGUUUUUAAAAACACUAAAAACGUUAAUGAAAUUGAAUAAAAUACGAUUAAAAAACAU